GACGUCUGCAAAGAAGACGGAGGGGGUUGGGACUGAGGGAGUUCCCGCAAUUUCCAUUUGUUACCCCUCCCGGCUUCAACCCCGCUGACAAAACCAGCAUCUUCAAUCUUCAUCAACACAUUUCUCAAUUUUUGACCUUUCCGUCUUUUGGACACUUGCUAUUCCCCCCACUUUCCUGCCUUUUCCCUUAUCCGUUCUUCGUUUCGGCGCAGGAUCGAUCCAACUUCUUCGAUUCCUGGCGAACAAAGAUGGCGUUGCGGUUCGAUGCCAGAGAUGUCUCUGGAUUCAAGUUCCUCGUCUUCCUGGCGGCGAUGUUCGGACUCAUGUCGCUGCUUGCUUACUCCGUAAUUCACAUGAAGUUCGUUAAGCCGCUGGACAUCGACGCUCCUCUGGACCGAUUCUCCGAGGCCAGAGCCGUCGAGCACGUCCGCGUUUUAUCACAGGAUAUCGACGGCCGGCAAGAAGGGCGUCCAGGAUUGAGAGAGGCAGCUCAGUACAUCAAAGGGCAGUUGGAAACGAUGAAGGAAAGAGCUGGAUCCAAUGUUAGAAUUGAGAUUGAAGAGAAUGUUGUUGGUGGCUCCUUCAAUAUGAUGUUUUUAGGCCACAGCAUAUCAUUGGGGUACAGGAAUCAUACAAAUAUUGUAAUGAGACUCACCAUUGAUUCAGGAUGGGUCCCCCCUCGGCCUAUUAUUUUUCUAUUUAAUGGUGCAGAAGAAGUUUUUUUGCUGGGUUCUCAUGGCUUUAUGAAGACACAUCAAUGGCGUGAUUCAAUUGGGGCCUUCAUAAAUGUAGAAGCCUCUGGCACAGGAGGUCCUGAUCUAGUUUGCCAGUCUGGACCUGGUUCUUGGCCCUCUUUUGUCUAUGCCCAAUCAGCAAUUUAUCCCAUGGCACAUAGUGCAGCUCAGGAUGUUUUUCCGGUUAUUCCUGGAGAUACAGAUUACAGGAUAUUUUCCCAAGAUUAUGGCAAUAUUCCUGGCCUGGAUAUAAUUUUUCUUCUUGGUGGUUAUUAUUAUCAUACCUCCUUUGAUACUGUGGACAGACUAUUACCUGGAAGCAUGCAAGCACGUGGAGAGAAUUUGUUUAGUGUACUUAAGGCCUUCACUAAUUCUUCUAAGCUUAAAAGUGCUCGCGAAAGAGAAUCUGUUGGUGCUAGUGCCAACGACUAUAACGAUGAGCGAGCUGUUUUCUUUGAUUAUUUAACAUGGUUCAUGGUAUUUUACUCAAGGAGGGUAGCUGUGGUACUUCAUAGCAUACCUGUUGCCAUUUUCUUUGUUAUGCCAUUCUUUUUGCGCCUGCUGAAUUCUGGCCUACAUUCGUCUUUUGCAACCUUCUAUGAUUUUAUAAAGGGAAUGUUGAUCCAUGCUGCUGGAAUUUUGCUGGCUAUUAUAUUCCCAAUUAUGUUUUCUAUCCUUAGAUUGCAAUUCUCUAGCUAUGCGAUGAACUGGUUUGCUAAUCCAUACUUGGCUUUCAUGAUGUUCAUUCCCUGCUCACUUCUUGGUCUCUUGAUCCCAAGAGUAAUUUGGUUUUCUUUUCCUGUAUCCCAAGAUGUUUCAGUUCGCAAGAUACCGAAAGAGGCACUAUCUGAUGAAGCAAGAUUCUGGGGAGCAUUUGGAUUCUAUGCUUUAGUAACUUUGGCUUAUCUUGUUGCUGGCCUAAGUGGAGGCUUCUUGACAUUUUUCUUUAAUGUGUCUAUGCUAAUUGCAUGGAUUUUCUUUUCACUCAUAGUCAAGUCUUGUGGUCGUGAAGCAUUCAGGUCAGCAGUUUUUUAUGUGCUUCCACUAAUUCCAUGCCUUACAUACUCUGUUUACUUUGGUGGGUUUCUUGUGCAAUUUUUGAUUGAGAAGAUGGGUAUGAUGGGUGCCAUUCCACCCCCCUAUGGGUAUUACAUUCCAGAUAUUGUAGUGGCAGCUAUAGUUGGAAUUGUAACUGGUUGGUGUGUGGGUCCUUUGAUACCAGUUUGUGGUAAUUGGCUGGCCAGAUCAUCAAUCUUGCAAUUUUUGCUUCAUCUCAGUGUGCUUGCCAUGGCUCUGUCAUCCCAGUUUUUUCCAUAUAGUACAGCUGCACCUAAGAGGGUUGUUUUCCAGCACACAUUUCAAACUUUAGGUGCAAAUCAUCUCAUUGAUUCCAGUUACCAUUUUUCUGUGGUGGAUUCCAAUUCUUUAUCGUUUCUUUUCAAGUAUGCACCUGAGGUAGCAAAGGAGUUGAGUAUUAGUUCAGAGUUCUCUUUCGAGACUGCUAACAUGUCUCCCCGAGGUACUUGGAUGGCACUUUUUCCGGUAUCUUUUUUAUUUUCAAGAACCAUGAAGUUCCCUGCUGGAAGUAAUGAGAUUUUGGAGAAAGACCUAACUUUCCCCUAUUUGUCCACUUAUAAACCGCAAGUGAUUUCUGAUGAUGGAUCUCGCAAAGUUUAUUUAGAACUUUCCCUAGGCUCAUUAGAAGAGGUUUGGGUUGCAGUCCUUAACAUUACGGGUCCUCUAUCUAGUUGGUCAUUUGCUGAAAAUAAGCUUCCAGCUCCAGAAACAACUGAUGGUGGUCCGCCAUCAUACAUAUGUAGACUUAGCGGAGCCAGCCCUGAAAAUUGGAAAUUUUGGCUGGAGGCUAGCAAUUCUGAGUACUUGAGAGUGGAGGUUGCCGUGCUACACCAAGUUUUAGUUGAUGAAGCAAAGAAGUUGAAAAGCCUUUUCCCACCAUGGGCAGAUAUAACUGCUGCUUCUAGCUUUUUGUCCAGUUAUGUCUUCUAGUAUUAUUUGUACCCUUUGGAUGUGCGAAUCUCAGACAAACAAUGAUUUCAAUAUAAUCUACUGAAUGGAUUAAUAAUUAAUGUAAAUCUUCAAAUUGUUUGUACCAAAGACAAAUCUUCCUGGCUUCGGGUUUUUCAUACAUCUUAUGAAUGAAAUAUACGGAGGAAU